AUGGAUGCAGGAUCAAUGAGUUCUUCAUCUAACUUGAAGUCAGGGUCUCGGUGCCCUCUUCAAGAACAGUUUCUUCAGAAAAGGAAUUCUCGGGAAAAUGGAAUGACUGAUAUUCUGAUGUGCUUGUAUCAUGUGACUACCAGUUGGGCAGGUUCAUACCAAAUAGGUCUGCAAUGGAUUUUGAUUAUGCGCACUACAUGCUUACUGAAGGUAGGAAAGAACAAGCCUCCUGCCCCUGUAGAGCUCUUCCCGCGCGAGUUCUCUUCUUUACCACAGGAUAAACCGGCAAAGCUGCGGAGACACAUUCCUCAAACUUCAUAUAGAACACUGGAUGCUCUUGACCUUGUUGAUGAUUACUACCUGAAUUUGUUGGAUUGGGGAAGCUCUAAUGUUCUUGCAAUCGCGCUUGCAACCACAGUUUAUUUGUGGGAUGCUACUAGUGGUUCUACUUCAGAACUGGUCACAUUUGAGGAUGAAAGCGGACCUGUUACCAGUGUAAAUUGGGCUCCUGAUGGACGCCACAUUGCCAUUGGACUGGAUAAUUCCGAAGUACAGCUAUGGGAUUCAACUGCAAAUCGGCAGCUGUGA